AUGCAGAUCUUCGUGAAAACUUUGACUGGCAAGACCAUCACUCUUGAGGUCGAGUCCAGCGACACCAUCGACAAUGUCAAGUCCAAGAUCCAGGACAAGGAGGGCAUUCCUCCCGACCAGCAGCGCCUCAUUUUCGCCGGCAAACAGCUCGAGGAUGGCCGGACGCUGAGCGACUACAACAUCCAGAAGGAGUCGACCCUGCACCUCGUCCUCCGUCUCCGUGGCGGCAUGCAGAUUUUCGUCAAAACCUUGACGGGAAAGACGAUCACGCUCGAAGUUGAGUCGUCCGACACAAUCGACAACGUCAAGAGCAAGAUCCAGGACAAGGAAGGCAUUCCGCCGGACCAACAGCGUCUGAUCUUCGCGGGCAAGCAAUUGGAGGAUGGCCGAACUCUCUCCGACUACAACAUCCAGAAGGAAUCGACGCUCCAUCUAGUGCUCAGACUGCGCGGCGGCAUGCAGAUCUUUGUGAAAACUUUGACGGGGAAGACGAUUACGCUGGAGGUAGAGAGCUCGGACACAAUCGACAACGUGAAGAGCAAGAUCCAGGACAAAGAGGGGAUUCCGCCGGACCAGCAGAGAUUGAUCUUUGCGGGCAAGCAGUUGGAAGAUGGCCGGACGCUGUCUGACUACAACAUCCAAAAGGAGAGCACUCUGCACUUGGUCUUGCGGUUGCGGGGCGGCCAGUAG